CUCUCACAGAAACCUGGACGUUUUGACCGAGUCGACCACCUCUCCGGCGGCUCACUCCGGCAGCACUGUUACGAAAGACGAAGUAGCCGAUCAUCGACGACCUACCAAGUGUAAUGGCUGCAAUACGGUCGUCUCCUCGCACCCCGUCUAAGAAUAAAGGGGUUGGCCCAUCAGGUACCGAAGGCAUUAUUGAUGGCUUAGAUAAUACACAUAAGGCGAACUGGGACAGUGUAGCGACAAAAAUCUUCUUACAGUGUGUUAGGGACGCAAUAUUCGCGGGCCGUCGGGUAGGUACAACCAUAACCAGAACAGGGUAUAACAAAAUCGCACUGAAAUUCGCUAAGCGCACAGGUAGACGACAUGACAUUACACAGCUUAAAAACAAGUACAGCAUUUUGAAAAAGGAAUGGCAAGCCUGGAUCAAGUUGAUGGAUACCAGUAAGGGUGUGACUGGCAUUGGGUUUGACAGGGACACCGGGUUGUUCACAGCGUCGGAGGAGUGGUGGGACAAUCUCAAAUCGACAAACAAGCUCGCUUACAAGUUCAAGACAAAACCAUUGGAGCAUGAAGAUUUGAUGUGCGAAGUAUUCACCAAUGCAAUUGCGACUGGCAAACACCAUUGGACGCCGGGGGAGAAGGUUGUGGAUGUUGGCGAAGGUGAAUCCGACUCAGUGGACUCUCCUAGGUUGGCACCAUUUACCGAGCCAUACAGACUAGUCGUUAACUCACUUCCAAACUCCCUCACCGUCCAGCUUGAUGAAGCAGACCCCGGGACAAAGAGGAAAAAAAAGAGGUAGCACUAGUGGAAAGUCGAAGAAGGUCUAUACUGGAGCAUCGGUUCUUGCGGAUAGUUUUAACCAUCUGUCUAAGGGGAUUGAAACACAAAAGCACCUGACGGUUAGGCACGGAACUGGUGCAUCGCAGAAGUAUGGCAUUGAGCCAUGUAUGCAGCGGCUUAUGGCUAUCCCGAACUUCAUCAGCACCCCACUGUACCAUUUCGCCUGCACUGUGUUAGAGAACGCGGAUUACCGGGAAAUAUUGAUGUGCAUGCCAGAUGAUGAGAAUGUUGUCGGUUGGUUUGCGGCAUUGCAGGUUUCAAAAGGCCUGUGAGUACUUCGGUUUGGUCUUUCACGCAAAAAUGGGACGUCUUUGGUUUUCAUGUGCUUUUGUGUUUUUUUGUGGACUAGUUCUGUGGGCCUUUUUUGUAAGUUGUUUUGUUUUUUUCUAUGGUUUCAUAACAAUGUAGUUAUUGUUACUUUACUUUUGUGGACGGUACGUACUUUUGUCUUGCGCAUUAACGCUGCAUGUUGUAACCUUUAUUUUGGGGCAUACUUCACUUUAAUGGUUGCAUGUAACGUAAUGGAAAGUUUAUGUGUUCCAAUUUUAUGGUUGAACGUUACUGGUCCAAAUGUGCUUAGUUUACAACUGGAUAAUUGAUUUCUCUGUUGUGUGCAUUGUAGGAGUCAUCAACGAAUAAUGUGGAAAGGUCAAAGCAACAACUAUAGAAAUUAUGAUGAUGUAAUCAUCGAACUCGCAGAGGAAGAAGAAGACCUACAAAAAAAGCGUAAUCGGUGAUGCUGCGCAGCAUGCAAUGGAAUAUUACCUGAAGUACAUAGAGAAGAUCCUAUGCCGAACUUCUAUUUUGACUGGUCGUGGAUGGAUUCAAGAAUUGUUUGAUGGGCACAUAGGAAGACGUGAACAAAAUUUGCAUAUGCCGCUGUAUGUGUUUCAAGUGUUGUGUGACACAUUGCAAAGCGACUUCGGUUUACGAGUACCUACAAGACCCCAUGGAUUACACAUUGAAGAAAGUGUUGCGAUGUUCAUCCAUACGUUGGACGGAUGCACAAACCGAAAACUUUAGGAACGCUUCCAACACUCAGGAGAAACUGUGUCGCGACAUUUCCAUACAGUGUUGGAAGCGAUGAAGUUGUUCACAGAAGUGCAUUGUAAGCCCACCAGAGAUCAAAAUAAUAGGUAUCCAUAUUUACGAUCCAGAGGGAAAUACGUGCCUUUCAAGGUUAGCAUAUUAGUUGUCGUUAUCGAUUAAUUUUGAUUUUAUGUGAUGUAUGUAAACCUCAUGUCAUGUACGUUAUUAGUGCAUCAUUGUAUAGGAGCGUUGGACGUUACUUAUGUAGAAGCCAUGUUGCCUGCCCGUGAUGCCGGUACAUAUUACGAUCGCAAAGGAUAUCUAACCCAAAACAUACUAGCAGUAUGCGACUUCGACAUGUGCUUCAUUUUCAUAUCUUGUGGUUGGGAAAGAAGCAUGCAUGACAGUCGCAUCUUUAACUAAAUAAUUGGGAACGAACAUGCACCGUUCCCGCAUCCCCAAGAAGGUAAAUAUUACCUUAUGGAUGCGGGAUAUGAAAACAAGAAAGGGUAUUUGGCACCAUACAAAAAAUCCCGGUAUCACCAAGCAGAGUUCCGGGAUCGUGGAUGACCCGAUAACCCAAGAGAAUUGUUUAACGAAGUGCACGCAUCAUUGAGGAGCGUGGUGGAAAGAAAAUUUGGAGCGUGGAAAUCGCGGUGGAAGUUCCUGAACAACAUGCCGGACUAUGAUUUUGCGACGGUGCAGGUGCAAUUGGUUGGUGCGUCAAUGGCCUUACACAAUUUCAUCCGUAGGCACGAGAUAGCUGCUAAUGCACACAACGAACAUGUCAGCGGUUCCUCUGUUCCAGAUGACAUGCUCGCCGCGGAAGGCAGACAAAAUAUGGAUGAUGGCCUGAAGGUUGGAGAUACGGAUGUAGAUAUGGCAAGAGUUCGCGUGCGCAUCCAUAACCAUUUGUUUCACAUACGGAGUCAAGGACUAUUGUGAAAUGCUUGUUAUCUAGCUUAUGUGUUUGUGUAAUUUGUAAUUUGUAUUUCCGCAUUGCAAUGGGAUUGUAACAAAUUGUUUAAAUUAGUAAUUCGUGUACAGAGAA